AUGGAUCUCGACAUUGAAAUGGACGUCGAUGACGUCCAGGACAUGUCGGUCCCCACAGUUCCUGAAGGAUACACAAAUGAUAUAAUCACCGGGGAGGAACAGGAACCUGGUGAGGUGGACGAGCCCAACAACAACCAAGCGAAUGGCAGCGCAGCUGCCGACACCGAAGUCGUCCCAUACAAGGUUCAUAUCCAUGGUUUAGACACCUUCAACCCUGACGACGUCAAGAACUACCUUGCCGAGCACUACAGCACCUCUCAGCUUAAUCGGGUAGAGUGGAUCGAUGACAGCUCGGCCAACUACAUAUUCAAGUCUGAAGCGAUCGCGCAAGAGGCGCUGGUUGCACUCGCCGCGGUAGAGAUCGCCGAUGCGACGCAGCUUCCGCCACUUGAGGAAAUCCCCGCCAAACCAUUCUCACAGAAGCCCGAAUGUCCUCUCCGAAUCCGCUUCGCAGUCACAUCCGACAAGAAGGCUCCCAAUGCAGCUGUGCGCAGUCGGUUUUACCUCCUUCACCCUGAAUACGACCCUGAAGAACGGCGCAGGCGUGGAGAGUGGAGGGACAGAGAUAGGGAACGAUAUCGCGACCGUCGCGAUGGCCGCGAUCGGCGAGACAGGCGGAGGGAUCGGAGGAGCAAAGAGCGUGAAGACGAAGAGUUGGAGACCUACGAAGCCAGCAUGUACGACGAUGAUGCGUCCGCAUUGGCAAAGAGGGCGUCAUCGCGCAGGCUCUCACAUGCCAGAAGGCGUUCGCGAUCUCGGGGCUCUAGCACAGGUCGGGACUCAUCGCACUCUCGACGGAACCGUGAGAAGGAACUGUUCCCAGACAGAUUUGGCGGUAGUGGGCGCCUUCGCGACCGGUCAGCCUCGCCGCCGAGAGAGAGAGACCGUGAUCGCGAUGCAACGAUGGAUCUGGAUCAGGAUGAAGAUGCGCGGACAGCGGCCUCCCUGCGCAAUAGGGAGAAAAGCCGUGCGAUAAAGGAGCGGUUAUUACGGGAGAGCCGAGAUAACGGCGUCAAGGAGCUGUUCCCAGAGAAGUUGCAAAAGGGGACGAAGGAGCUCUUCCCUGAAAAGCUUGGCAGUGUAGGCGGCAAGGCGGCGAUGGACCAAGUCACCGAGACGACUAAGGUCACAAGCGAUAGGAUCACAGCACCACCUAGCAGCAGCAGUGAUAACGGCAGUACCGAACUCCAUAUACGCGGCAUGGCGAGUAAGCAGGCUCCUGACAAAGGCUUCCGUAUCAAGGGAGCUAGUGGGACAACUGUCAAAGAGUUGUUCCCAGAAAAAAUUGGGAAUAAUGCUGGCAAGGAGCUUUUCGCCGAGAAGCUGGAAGGAAGGAACAAAAAGAGACAGAAGGCCGAAGAUUUGUUUUAUUGA